AGAUCCAAAAGACACCAGAGCGGGAAUAAAAGGUUUUGUAAAAUGCAACUUGUCUGUAGUAACAAGAGGAGAUUCCAUAGCGGCCCCUCCAUCUACUGGCAGCCAGAAUGAUGAUGUGGAAAAGAAUUUGCUGCUCCCCAAAAGGAUUCCAGCUGAGAGGCCAUGGUCAAAAUUAAGUGUUAAAAUCUUCAAGGCAGAAGGACUUCCUAGUAUGAAUGAUGGUAUAAUGGGAAGUUUCUCUAAAAUGAUGGGAGAGAAGAAAGUGUUCAUUGAUCCCUAUGUCCAAGUUACUUUUGCUGGACAGCAGGGAGAGACUUCCGUAGAAAGUGACACCAAUGCACCAGAAUGGAAUGAGCAAAUCAGUUUCAUUGAGCUUUUCCCACCUCUGGUUCGUAAAAUAAAAAUUCAAGUGCUAGAUGAUGCUACUACUGGAGAUGUCACUCUGGCCACUCAUUUUAUUGAUCUUCAGCAAAUAUCGGACCCGAACAAAAAUGCUGGCUUUAACCCAACUUUUGGACCUACCUGGGUCAACUUUUAUGGAUCUCCGCAAAAUUAUACCUUGAGAGAUGUGCACAAGGAUCUGAAUGAGGGCCGAGGUGAAGGAAUAUUCUAUCGUGGUCGCAUUCUUGUGGCUGUGACUCUGGAUAUUUUUACCAACAACAACAUUCAGGAGAAGAAACCACUCCAAGCUCUGAAAAAUGCAUUCAGUAAGUUUAAAAUGAAGAAGAAAAGCAAAAAGUUAAAGGAAAAGGAGAAAAAGGAGAAGGAAAGUGCAGCUGUCGAAAAUGCUGAAGAUGCAGAAGGUGAACAGAAUAACGAACAGCCUGAUGCUGUCACAGUGGAAGUGGAUGAUAUCCUUCCUUUGCCAGAGAAUGCAUUGGGUGUUAAGGAAGAAUUCCUUCUGUAUGGAGUAUUCUUUGAAGUUACAAUGAUGGACCCAAGUAUUGGGAAUAAUCGAGUGAAAUUUGAAAUUUCUAUUGGGAACUAUGGAAAAACUGCAGAAAUAAUCACAAAAGCAUCUAAAAAGAAAGGAGAUGCAGUCCCAGAAGAGCGUCAGGGCCUGCUCGAUGCUAGUUCAGAAGAUGAGCUCAGUGUGGACUUUGAGGGAGACUCAAUUAAUAAUGACCAUAGAAACAAGUCUGUAACCCCCCUGAAGACGCCAGAGCAUACACAGCCAGACGGUUCUUAUCUCUGUAUACAAAUGGGCAGUGAGAGACCUUGUGUACAUGUGUGGAGCUACUGGGAGGACCACAGCUGGAGGCUGUACAGUUCUAACUGGAUAGUAAAGAUUGCUGAGCGUCUGGAACAUGGACUUGACGAAGUGGAGAAGUUGACAAAAAGACCAAAAUCAAAUCCAGAAAUUCGUUUAAAACAAGUUCUUGAGGAAUUUGUUGCUGGCUGCAGGCAGUACUCUCUCAAUGCUGGAAAGAAAACCAUGGCUCGACCCAACAACCUGGAUCGUUGCAGGAUAAAAUCUCUCCCCCAUAACAUUAUUGUCUAUGCAAAGCAAGCAAUGAGAGCAAGUCGGAAAGUGACCAAGCACAAUGUGAAGGAGAAGAUUAACGAUGCCAAGAAAAUUCUCGCAAAAGUCAGAUUCUUGGCUAAAGAGCCACAGUGCACACUUCCAGAUGUACUCAUAUGGAUGUUCAGCAAUAACAAGAGAGUGGCAUAUGCACGGAUCCCAGCUCAAAAUAUCCUCUACUCCGUAGUAGAAGAAGAGAAAGGGAAGGACUGCGGCAAAAUCUCUACAAUAUAUUUCAAGAUCCCAGGAUCAUACAAUGGAGAAAUCUUUGCAAAAGCAGAACUCUAUCUGUGGCUUGGUGUGACUAAAUAUGCAAAAAACAGCACAGCAGAUCUACCCGAGGAUUACAGGCUCCUGUAUGAAAGAGAUGGACAACUAGUGGAGUCUCCAACCCUAAAUCCACCUGUCCUGCUGCAGAGGGAUGAUUACCGCUAUUUCCAGCUGCGAGCUCAUUUGUACCAGGCCCGUGGCAUUCUUCCUGCUGAUGACAAUGGUUUGUCCGAUCCAUUUGCUAGAGUCAUAUUUGGCAACUUAUGUCAAUCUACCAAGGUGAUUGAUGAGACUCUAGCGCCAAUGUGGAACGAAAUGCUAAUCUAUGACAAUCUCCUUUUGGAUGGCAAUAAGGAAGACAUAAAGAAUGACCCUCCACUCAUCAUUAUUAAUAUUUUCGACCAAGAUAAAUUUGGGCAACCUGACUUUUUGGGCCGUGCCUUUGCAACUCCAAUUGUAACACUAUUAGAAGAUGAGGAUAAUGAAGGAGAUGGGCCGAAAUAUAUCCAACCAGCUUUGCAAUUCUUUGACAUCUUUAAGAGUAAUAAGAAUGCCGGGGAGCUCAUAGCUGCCUUUGAACUUAUAGAACUUGAAAACAGAAGCUUUAUGAGAGAGCCAGCAAUACCAGAGUGUGUGACACUAAGAGAACCUGAGUUUGCAGAUGAUUCAAUGGAACGUUACAUCAUUCCACAAGGAAUUCGUCCAGUCCUUAAGGAAUUCAGAAUAGAGAUACUUUUCUGGGGAUUGCGAGAUUUAAAGAGGAUACACUUAUUUGAAGUUGAGCAGCCUCAGGUGCGGAUUGAAUGCUCAGGAAAAAUAGUGGAAUCUGAAGUUAUAUUGAGCUACAAAGAAUUCCCAAAUUUCACUGAACUUGUGAAAUGUGUGGAUGUGGAGCUUCCAGAACAAGUUUACCUCCACCCACCUCUGAGUAUCUUUGUGGUGGAAAAACGAGCAUUUGGCCGCUCUGUGAUGGUUGGAUCUACAAUGGUGUCUCAUCUUAUGAAGUUUGCACCAAAGGAAUUGGAAGAAAUCAGUGAAGAAACUGAAGAUAAACCCAAGCAGAAGAAAGUCUUGCCUCGAUUGCCUCCUCCAUCAGCAGCUAUAAAUGUGGAUGAUGAAAAAGACAAGAAAUUCAACCCUCUCAAUAUAAUAAAGGACCCUUUGAAGAGCUUAGGAAAAACAGUUACUAAAGAUGAAGAACUAGAGGAAGAGCGUCCGGACCCUGAAGAGUUGGACUGGUGGUCAAAAUACUAUGAAUCUAUGAAAGAAUUAACAGACAAUGUGGAUGCUCCUGAAGACGAUGAAGAAGGUGAAAAUGAAGAAGGUGGAGAUGGAGUGAAUAUCCACUCCUUCGAUGCUGCAGUGGAGGAAGAAAUAGUAGAAGUAGAGAUUAUGAAACCAAAGAGGAAAGUAAUUUCCACUUUAAAGGGCAAGGCAUUGGAUGAUGACGAUGGUAACGACGAUGAUAACUUCAUGGGAAAGUACAAGGGUUCCUUCUAUAUCUACCCUUCAAGUGAGGCCACUGACGAGUUCCAGAUAAUGAGAGGUGUGCCGAGGAACCGGCCAGUGAAAGUGCUUGUGAGAAUUUACAUUGUCAAAGCAACUAAUUUAGCCCCGGCUGAUCCAAAUGGUAAGGCAGAUCCAUAUGUCAUAGUAAAAGUGGGAGAACACACAAUGGACAGCAAAGAAAGAUACAUUCCGAAGCAACUGAACCCAGUGUUUGGAGAAGUGUUCGAAAUUACCAUUUCAUUCCCUGCAGAAUCCGAACUGACAAUUUCUGUGUUUGAUCAUGACCUUAUUGGGUCAGACGAUUUGAUUGGUGAGACUAAGUUGGACCUAGAAAAUCGUUUCUAUAGUAGUUACCGGCCAAACUGUGGCCUAGCACUACAAUAUGAUGUAGAGGGGUAUAAUGCAUGGAGAGAUGCCUUCAGACCUUCACAGAUUCUAACUUCAUUAUGUAAGAAGCACAGUCUACCAGCACCAGAAUAUAGAAGAGAGGAGCUGAAAGUAAAUAACAAGAUCUUUAAGAUUCCCAAUGAGGCAUUUCCUGAAGAGGCCUUCAUGAAAGAUAAGAACAAAGAAGAUGAUGUGAAUCUGUCUGAUUAUGACGAACAUAAAGCACUUCAUGUUCUUCAGCACUGGGAUGAGAUGCCAGAGUAUGGCGCCAGGCUUGUUCCAGAACAUGUAGAAGUGAGGACCUUGUACAACACAGAGAACCCAGGCCUGGGACAGGGGUCCCUUCACAUGUGGAUCGACAUGUUCCCAAAUGAUGUUCCUCCCCCACCACCUGUAAACAUCAAACCACGUGAACCAGUUAGUUACGAGUUACGGGUUAUUAUUUGGAAUACCGAUGAUGUCAUUCUAGAUGAUGUAAAUCCAUUUACUGGGACGCCUUCAAGUGAUAUCUAUGUGAAAGGAUGGAUAAGAGGUUUGAAUGGAGACAAGCAAGAGACCGAUGUACAUUUUAAUUCCCUCACCGGUGAAGGAAAUUUCAAUUGGAGGUUUGUGUAUCGGUUUGACUACCUUCCCACUGAGAAAGAGAUCACAUACAAAAAGAAAGAGUCCAUCUUUUCCAUAGAAGAGACAGAAUAUAGGGAGCCAGCCUUCCUUGCCCUCCAAGUUUGGGAUUAUGAUCGGAUAUCUGCCAAUGACUUCUUAGGUUCAAUUGAAUUAAAAUUAAGUGAUAUGGUACGAGGAGCCAAAACAUCUGGCCAAUGCACCAUCAAAAUGGCCAAAGAUAAAGCCACACCGCGCUUCUCUAUCUUUAGAAACAAGCGAAUGAGAGGCUGGUGGCCAUUUGUCAAACUCAGAACUGAAGAAGAUGAAGAGAGAGAGGAACGAGAGACGAAGGAUAAAAAGAGUAAAAAGAAAAAGAAAAAAAAGAAUGUAAAACUGGAGGAUGUGCAGUACACUGAUUCAAGUGGAAACAUUUAUAUCCUGGCAGGGAAAGUUGAAGCAGAAUUUCAGCUUCUGACAGUGGAGGAAGCAGAAAAGAGUCCAGUGGGAUUAGGGCGGAAGGAGCCAGAACCUCUGGAUAAGCCAAACCGUCCAAAAACCUCAUUCAACUGGUUUGUGAACCCACUGAAAACGUUUGUCUUCUUCAUCUGGAGGAAAUAUAAGAAGUACAUCAUUGCUCUAGUGAUCAUAGCCAUUCUCACCAUUUUCUUGGUCCUCAUCCUUUACACCAUGCCGGGAUUCAUCAGUGAGAAGAUUAUUAAUGGAUAGGCAUUAUCAAUGUUACGCACAGUGUAAAUAAUCUGACUACAGGAUAAACUCCAUAUAAUGUCGUGAAUUAUUUUAUGUGAAGGAAGUCCAUGCUGUUUACACAAUCACACUGCCCUAUGUGAGCUCAACAUGAUCAUAAGC